UACUUCUCUCGAGUGUCUGUCUGUCUUGCACUCAUCUCGGCUUCGUUGGAGUCCAGUCUUCACCUCUGGCUCGAUUGUACGGCUCGCUCAAUCAUAGCCCGUAGAAGAGUCUCGCCGACUCGUCUUGGAUAGAUUGUGCUGCAUUUGUUUCUCGUUUCCUUCCUACCAGCAUCUGUUGUAUUUCGUCCCCUUUUCGAUCUGAGCCUUUUUCUUUGCCCACAUGUCUUGACAGCGACAUAUGCAAUAACUGCGCGGCAACCGCGAACACUGAAAGAUAAUUGGAGUCCCGCAGCGAGCUCGUGCUGCUGCUGCUGCUGUUGAGUCGUUGCUCUGGUUAUCGCAUCAAUCAUGGGCGUCGACUCCAAACGAUCUCUCCCUCUUCCCGCCCCGACCGAGACCGACACCAACACUCCCACCGAACUCAGCUCCACCGAACUGUCCAAGCCAGGCGACGAAAGAUCGCACUAUUCCAUCCCAGACGACGGGACGCCAGUCACAAUCCGCACGCGCGGCCACAAACCCAAUCGCUCACAGACCUCCCUCCUCAUAGAGUAUUUUGAGGGUAGCCGAUCACCGAGCGAGGAGACGGGGUCGAGGAGUGGCCGAAGACCAAGUGUCCGAGUGCGCUUAACACCUUCGCGCAAGGGCAGAGGCGACCAUCUCCGAGUCACCGAGAAUACACGCAAGACGUCCUUGACGCGGCGCAUACCCCUAGACCAGGGACUCGAGCAGCGACACCUGGAGUAUCCUGACGCCGCCGGCGAGGACGCAAACAGCAUGUCCUCCUAUGCUUCUGCGACCGAGGAGUCCAAUGUCUCCAGAAACCCCAUCGACAUUGAGAUUGACCACCGCAGCCAUCGUCGCCGCCGUCCCGCCAGCCCAUUGAUCCCUUCGCACGAUAGCUACCAACCCAUGGAUGCAUCGGAGAUCUCUGCUAUCCCAGCAGAUAGCUUCCUGGAUGGGUCGGGCCCAAACACCGACUUCAAGCGGUCGUCGAGUCCCUCUAGGGUCGGAGAACUGGCAGCUGCAGCGGGCGCCGGCGCCUUGGCUGGAAGUGCGUUGUCAAGUGGGAAGCGUCGCGAAAGAGUGAAGACGGCCUCGUCGACCGACAAGCCCAAGGAAAAGUCUGAGAGGAAACGACGGACUAAAAGCAGGACGAGCAGCAUGAGCGAAUAUCCUAGCGACGACAGGUCAACACGCCAUCGUUCCAGUCGCAGUCAUGCCCCGGUGGAAUCCGCUGUCUCAGGCGCAGAGGCGUCUGUCUUAUCAUCCAAUCUCACACCGAGCCAGCGCUGCAUGGAUGCUCAAUCUGUACGCACGGGCGCGUCGAGGAAUUCUGAUUCGAUUAAUAACCCAAAACUGUUGGCGACUGUGGAGGACGCUAUCCGCCGGCUGAUACUACCCGAAUUGAGCGCUCUCAAAAGGGAACAAAGCAAGCGUGAGACUCGCAGGGACUCUCUCACAUCUACGGGCACCUCCGUAUCGAGGGAAGAUCUUACAACAACUCCGGACCGCAGGCGGUCCUCAGGACAGCGCAGCGAGUCUGCCAGAGAUGGCAAGCGACGGAAUCGCGAAGCACGCCAUGACUAUGGUGACAGCUCACCGCGGAGCGUCAGCCUCAGCCGGGAGUCCAUGCGCGAUGACUAUCAGGCCGAUGACGCCGAACCCACAACACCCAGGCGCAGCGACCGCGGAGAUCUCCUCAAGGCCGCAGCCGCCGGCGCUGCUCUCAGCAAAGGACUUUCCGCAUACGAUGAGCACUCUGAAGACAGAAGUCGGAAGGAACGGCGCAAACGGCGAGCAGAGGGUGCAAGGAGCCGAAGUCUUGGCCGUGAAAAGUAUGCUGAAGAGUACGACGAUUACGAACCAGCCCCGGCACCGCCUAUGCCCUUGAUGAGCGAUAUCAACCCCUCUGAGAUGACUAGGACGUCCAUCUUGUCGGCAGAUAGCGAUCGACCACAGUCAGCAAGCGAGCAGGCCUAUGAAGUCCCACAGAACGCCGCGCCUGCACCUCAACGUACACUCGGCACCAGCCAUGCCAACGUCUCACAUGGCGACCUCACGGCCUUGCCCAGAGGCGGCAAUCAAGAAUUUGAGGAAGAGUAUAUGCCAGAUGAGUUCGGUCGCAAAAUUCCGAUGGAUAGGCAGGAUGACUAUUUCGAUGACCGAGAUCGUGAGCCCUCUGAUCCAGGCGACUAUCCAGACCGUUACGAGGACGAGUAUUACAGCACCCAAGACGUGCCGCCGCCACUCAAAUACGUCCCCUAUCAAGCUGGUGCUCGUGGCCUGAGUCCUAUCCCCAGUGUAUCUGGGUACACAGAGAGCGAGGCACCCCUACCACGCAACUCCCAGACCCUGUCCGAAACGUUCCCGUCUCCGGAGAAGUCGAUGGGUCAUUCCGGCUAUGGAGGCUCAAAUCAGUCGCUGGGGUCGGUGCCUAGCAACAUGCGCAGUCGAGAGUUUGACCAAAUGUCCAUUGACGGCCCUCUCUCCGGCAUCGAUAAUCGCAAUACCAUGUACACCGAGGACAGCGAGGUUGGACCUGCCCCAUCCUCCGGACAAGCCCUUCGCGGUGUCGGCGCCAACCCCAAUUUUGUUCACCCCCCAAUGGGUGUUGAAUCGGCCGUCGCGUCUCUUGUUGACGGUUCGAUGCUCGAGCAGUCAGUUCUGACCAGUGGCUCAGGCUACGAUCCUGCCGGAAUCAGGGAUUCGCAACUAUCUUACGACCAAAGGACGCAGAGUAGCCGGGGUCAGAGCCCCGAGAAGCGUACAGUCGAAGCCCAGCGUGGCCUGGUUGAAGACCGCCAUUCCACGCCCGGCGCUCGCUCCCAGGAUCAACCCCACGACUAUUCCGAGUAUGAGCUCGACGAUCAGGGUCGCAAGGUGCCACGCUCAAGGUACCGGCAGUCACCUACUGCAUCCGAGGCUGCUAUUACCGGCGGUGCAGUUGGCGCUGCUGUUGCUGCUCUCAAAGCUGCGCAAGAGCGCAAGCAGGCUACAGUGGAAGACGCCUCGGAGGAGUGGGUUGGCGCUGGUGUCGGGCGGAACAAGUCCUUCAAGGAGCGCACCAUGGAGGGCUAUGAGCCAAGAAACACACCUGCCCAUAGCAUCGACCGCUUCUCAUAUGACGAGCCCCCGAGGCUCGGCGCCACCGGCCUGCCAGACAUGCAUGAUCCCAUGCCGGAGAUUGGGUACGUUGACGAUGAUGCCUUGACAAACCCUUCACUCGAUCUUGAGCACCGCAACGGACAGCAUGGCCAUGCUUGCUCAGGGCGAGCAACGCCCACUCAGCGAAGCAUUAACGGGGCCGGAUUCCAGACGCCCACCAAAGGGAGCGUGGCGAGUCCUGGCCGAGGUGGCAUUGGGCUCACCGAAGCAGCGGGCGCAGCUGCUUUGGGGGCCGCCGCCGGCAUGGCAGCUGCUCACAGCCGUGCGCCUAGUCAAGACCAAGAUGAAUGGCACCGCACAUCGGAUGAGCGCAAGCGCGACACCCUUCUCACGAAUCCCUACGAAGAUGCCAGCCCGGUCGCCAACCCGGCUCUCAAUGACAAAAUUCUCGCGGCACGUGCUCUAGACGGUUCCUACAAUGCGCCGUACCACACGGGCAGUCCGAACUACGGACAGAAGUACGACGAGGGGUACAUGUCGAACGGCCCGAAUCCACGGUCACCAGUCGUCCAGCCCAAGGGAAAAGCUUUGUCGUUCACCGACCCAUCACAAGUUUUCGGUGAGGAGGAUCCGUUCCGAACCACCACACCCAAGGGUAAUGGUGGUGCUCGGCAGUUGAGCGGCAUGUCACAGGGCAUGGGCUCGCCAUUCUAUGACGCGGCUACUGGUGCAGGCAUUGACAGAAUCGAGAAUAAGGAUAUCGUGGCGUUGAUGCAGCACCUGAUGGUCCGGGACGCCCAGAGGAGCGCCCGCGACACGGAGAUUGUCGCGCUGCUGAUGAACGCUGCGCUGGAGAUGCGCAACUCGUUCAAGGAGAUGAAGGAUCUGAUCCAAGACACGGGCGACGAUGUGAUCUUCUCCAGUGCCGAGAACACCGAGAAGCUGCAGAAAGCCAUCAACGGCCCCCGCCCAUUCCCCAGCGCGGGAUCCCGGUCUAUCCAAAGCUCACAGCCGCCGACAACCAUUGACGACGCCGCAGCCAAGAAGAAGAACCUGUGGAAGAGAGCCCUGGCUGGACUCAGCGCCAAAGGCACUAAUGACCUGACCCGUAUCGAAGAUAUGCUGAACCAGCUACUCGGCGAGGUCGACGUCCUGAAGACACAAACGGCUGGCCCGGGCUCGGCAGGGCAACCAGGCCACUCCCUCGAGAACCUGCAGCCUGAGGGCCAGUAUGAGCAGGACCGUGGCUACGAGCCAGAAGGUGUCUCGACCGCGAGUCACGCAAGCCAAUCUGGACAGUUUUCAAACCCGCCACUGUCACGCGGUCCCGAGGGACGUCACGCAGCAGAGCGGGAUUUCGCCGGCAACCGAGUGAGCACUGUACCGGAGCACGAGGACGAGUACCAGUAUGACCACCCCAGCCCGGUCGACGAGCGCACCCAGCCGCCUAUGAUGACUGGCGCCGCCGACUACGACGAUGCUCGACGUGGCGGCUCGUUGCCUCCCGACAGCCCCUCACAGCAAGCUUCGUCUUCCAACCAGCAGCACGGUCUUAGUGCCGACAACACCCCCAAGACGGAGAAGGCGAAGAAGCACAAGUCCAGCAGCUCGUCGGGUUGGAUCCCCAAGAUCUCGCGCUGGUCUGAAACGACUGCGUCCAGCGUUGGCCGGGCUUUCAGGAGCAGCGGCAACUUUACCAAGAAGGAGCAAAAGUACGACGAUCAGCUCCCGCCCUCGCGCUCCGGCUCGAGCUUGGCCUCGUACGAUCAGUACGAGCACGACCCGUAUGGCGAGGACAAACUACGGACAGGGUUCUCGGACCCGAACCUGGGCACUACCAUUGAGGAGGCCGAUGCCCAGACGCAGUACCAGGGUGCAUUGACGAGUCCAGAGGACCCCAAGUACCGGGCACACCGCAACUCGCUGAACUUGCAACACCCGCAACCCCGACCAGGACAGACAGAGCGCUUCCGCACAGCGCUGGAGACAUCGGCGCAAGAAUUCGACGACCCUGCAACACCCCGAUCAGCCGACUGGGCUGGCUCUGCGACGAGCCUGAACAGGCUGCCCCACAACGCGCAGCGAUAUAGCCACGGCUCGUCCAAUGCACCUCGCGAGGGAGACUAUUGGCCUACGUCCCCUACAGCUGGACAGACUGGAGCUCCUCCCCGGCCCCCAAAGGAGCCACUCGAAGGCGCGACGGGGCGGACACCACCACGAGCCCGUAUCUCCAGGCUAGCCAAGGGUAGCCCUCUGCAGAACCAGACAUACGAGGACGGCUAUGUCUCUGGUCCUGUGAGCCCGGGCCCAGGCAGCCCGAAGCCAGAGAAUCGCAACCUGAGCGCCGCUCUGGGUGCUCCCACGCGCCGUCCCAGCGGACCCCGUGCCAUGACACCCAUGAGCCCGGAGGAUGAGGCAGCCAGAGAAGAGAGGCGACGCAAGAGAGACACAUUCGGCACCGUCGCUAGCCAAGACACGGAUACCUUUUAGGCAGAGGCCGGUCAAGGCGAACAGUACGGCUGGCUGUUCAAGGGAACUAGAGGCAGAUGAUGAUAUGGACUGUUUCCGUUCCCAUUUUCCAGAGGAUAUACUAUUGGAUCAGACGUUCCCUUCUGGACCUGGACAAAGAAGGAUGGUGCAAACCCGCAGCGCAAUCGGGGCACGGUCGGCAUAGACGUGGAUGGUUUUCUCCUUUUGUUUUGUUUCUUCUUCUCUGCACUUUACAUUACGACGACAUGACUUGGCUAUUCUGGUUGUACAGCGCAGCAUAGGUCUGCUGAUCUACUUUGAUUUUGGAGGACGAGGUACACGACUGGUAGAGGAGGGAUCUGGCGACAUGGGAUCAUAUCAUACCAUAUCAUAGCAUAGCAUAGUUUGAGGGUUGGCGGAUGGUGAGGACGAACGUAAUUGAGCCCUGCGAUUCCAGACAUUGUUCCUGAGCGUCGCUGGUGUUGAGUGAGUUUGCUUGCUUGCUUGCU